AUGGUGAUGAUGAAUGGUGGUGUUGCUAACACUCCUGUUGCGCUCUUGUCAAAUCACGUGCAAUCUGCACUAGCAGCAAUGGCGUCCCAUUAUCGCUGCUGUGAUUUUGUUCUCCAGUGUUUAGUGCGAAUGCCUCGCAGACUAGCACAGGCUGUUGGAAUGAAGGUGAGGCAAUAUACAUUUAGUAUUUAUUACUGACUUUAACAACAUAAUAUUGUUUAAGCAAAUGGAUUAAGAAAGCAGGGGUAAUUAAAAAGCGUGUCUUAACAUAUUUCCUUAUGGGGAUCUAAAAGAUAUUUACAAGACAUCGUGUUGAUUCUUUAUUAAUUUUAGUUCUAGCUGGAACAAAAAGCAGCCACAUCAAUUCUCUCCUUCUGAACAUUACACCGUAAUCCUUAUCACAACCCAGCAGUUAAACAUAUUUCUUUAUUUACUGUUACUGGGCAAUGACCGUUAACAAGAGGGUCAGAGUGUAAGAUUUUUUUUUCUCACCUAAGGAAGUGCGUGGGUGGCCUCUCUAACUCUUCAAAGCUUCUCAAUCUUUAUCUGCCUUGCAACUUAAUUUUUUAAUCACCUGGCUUUUUUGUUCUAUUUUUUUUUUCAGGUUUUUUAAGAGCCCUUGAAUAAGUUAGUUGGCUCAACCGAGCCUCCUUUGCUUCUUCUAUCGAACUGUUCGACCCAGAUUCAGCGCAGCCGACUUCAUCAACUGGGAUUUGCUUUACGCAUAAGUCAAUGGGUUGAAAAUUUUCAUGAACAGGUCUCUGGGGAAGACGUUAAUUCAGUCAAGUUCAAGAACAAAAGAGGCCGAUUGCUGUGGUCAAACCUGUACCAUCGUCUACUGAACAGACCAAUCAGCUACUGCUACCUGUAGCAGAGGUUAGUAAGAAAAUAAACAAGGUGUCCAACAGAUCCUCAUUUCAUGAUUCCUCUGACGUUCACUGCCUUUACAACCUGUCCUAUUUGUAUCGUCUCAGUGUUGCAAGCGACUGGUUUGGAAACAAGUACAAAGCGGUACCAUUGGAAAAAUAUAGCCGGGAGUCAAGAUCCAAAUUGCCCAGAAUUUCAAUUUCGGCUAACAAAUACUAUUCUUUCUCGUCCAAGUGAAAGGGAGUUUAUUAUAAAGCACAGGACUGAAGUACUGUUUUUGUUCUUACAACGUCACAGGGUUUUCUACCUGCCCGGCAAAAUGUUAACGAUAUAACAGUUCUCUCCGAAGAAGCAAGCAUUAAAGUUGACGAUGAAGAAGAUGGUGUGUAGAUGUAUUGUCUUUCUUUUUUUUUUCCCCGUGUCUCUCUGUGCAACUGUUCUUUGACUCCUUCGCUAAGGUAAGGGUCACUCGAACCUCCCCGUGUAACAACUACCUGUCGAAAAGGACCACCUUUACAACACAUCAAAAUAUUACAGUUAAGCACUGGAACCUCUCGUAAGCAAUCACAUCUACUCUCUUGACAUGUGAUCUACGUUAACCGUAUGUAUGACACAACUCAGAGUAUACCAGGCACGUUUAAGGAUAACAGGAUACUGCUUGCAUUGUAACUAAGAAAAAACAUGAAAAAAAUCUAGCGGGAGGUUCGAUUGUUUAAUCUAUGCGUGAACACUUUACGUAAACGGAAAACACAGAGUCCGUCAGGAGGGUCUGUCCACGAUGGAGUUAGAAGUUGCUUAUAUUGUGCUGCGCAGUAAUGUUCUUGAGUUAAUAUAACUUUAUACCCAAUGCUCUAAGGUCUUUUACGAGUAUAGAUUAAGAAUUCUGCAAGUCACUCAAUAUCUAAACUCAAACUACUUUGAUUUUUCUAGCUGUAAUUGUGAACGUUGACACGAGUUUGGAACAAUCACCAUCUGUUGCACUUGGCACUGAAAAUGAAGACGAGUGCAGGGCAGUAAUCGAGCAGAUUCGCCGAGAAGAGUUUGGAAUUGGUCUUGAACUUGGAGAAGUGGAAUCCAAACUUAGGGGUGCAAGGGUGGCGCAGUGGUGUGAGCACUCUUCUCCCACCAAUGUGGCCCGGGUUCGAAUCCUGGCGUUGACGCCAUAUGUGGGUUGA